CAGCCCCCUUGGGCGCCGUGGGCACCCGCAGCCCGGAGCUGAAGGGGUUACAGCGGCGGGGUGCGGGUGUCCCUCCCUCGGGGUGUCCCCGGUGCCGGGCAGAGCGGGCGGGAUGGGCCCUGGGGGCGCCGCGGCUGAGCCGCCCCCGGGCUGGUUCCUCCGGGACGAGGCCAGCGGGACGCUCUACAAGCGGGGACGGCUCCUGGGAGAGGGCGCCUUCGGCCGCUGCUACCAGGUGACAGAGGUGACCAGCGGGCGGCGGUACGCGGCGAAGGUCAUCCCGCGAGCCCGGCUGGCGGCUCCGGGCAUCGGGGACAGGGUGGAGCGGGAGCGGGAGCUGCAGCGUCACCUGCGCCACCCGCACAUCGUGCGCCUGCACGGGCACUUCGCCGACCGCGGCCACCUCUACCUGCUGCUGGAGCUCUGCAGCCGGGGGUCCCUCGCUGCCAUCGUGCGGACCCGGGGCCGCCUGUCGGAGCCGGAGGUUCGGUUCUACCUGCGGCAGCUGCUCUCGGGGCUGGGAUACCUGCACGGACACGGCCUGGUGCACCGGGACCUCAAACUGAGCAACUUCUUGGUGACGGAGCGGAUGCGGGUGAAGAUCGCGGACCUGGGGCUGGCCCGGCGGGCGGCACCGCCCGGGCGGCGCUGGGGGGCGCUCUGCGGGACCCUCAGUUACCUGGCGCCGGAGGUGCUGGACCGCAGGGGACACGCGGUGCCCUCGGACAUCUGGGCCCUGGGCUGUGCUGUGUACACGGCACUGACCGGGCACGCCCCGUUCGAGGCCCGCCGCCGCCCGGAGCUGUUCCGGCGCAUCCGCGGCGCUCGGUACCCGCUGCCGGCCCAGCUCUCGCCCCGCGCCCGCGCCCUCCUCGCCCGCAUGCUGGAGCCCGAGCCCGCGGAACGGGCCAGCCUGGAGGGCGUGCGGGGACACCCCUUCCUCACAGAGGGUUUCACGCCCCGCACGCUGUCACCCCGCGCCUGCCACUCCGUGCCCAUCUUCGUGGGACAGGAGCCCCUGUGCCGGCUCCUGCGGGGGCUGCGGUGCUGGCGGGGCUGUGGCUGUGUCCCUGUCACCUCUGUCACCCCUGGGGGCGGCCGCGCCCCUCCCCGAAGGAGCCGAGGCCGAACAUCCGCGGAGGAAAACUUUUAUUAGUGC